UAUUAAAUGGCAGAGGCAAGCAUAGACUGAGCAGUGCAGGACAUGCCAGCAGCAAGCACUGGGCUGCCGUGAUGUUGCACUGGAAUGAGGAAGUGGAGUGGAGAGGGGUGGGACUGCGAGCCGAGCUUCAUCCUGCGGCACCUCUCAGAUCAGCACAUGGAGCAGCAGCCGGGGACUGGGAGAACUGUGUGCAGCCAGUCUACGGGAGAGCAGAUAACCAGAGAAACAUGGAAACAGAUGAGGCACAAGAUAUGACCCAAAUGUCAGGAAAUCAGAGUCCUGCAAUGAGUGAUGGUCUUGAGGAUCCUGAUGAACCAAUGCCAGUGCCAGAAGACCUCUCCACUAAUGCUGGAUCACAACAGAAGAAUGAAAAAUGUAUUGCUGGUAAUAUCAAAGUAGAGACACACAGUGAUGAAGAGAAUGGGCGUGCCUGUGAAAUGAAUGGGGAGGAAUGUGCAGAGGAUUUACGAAUGAUUGAUGCCACCGGGGAGAAAAUGAAUGGCUCACUGAAUGGACAAGGCCCCAAAGCCUUAACAGGAGUUGGAGGUAUUCGACUACCUAACGGAAAACUAAAAUGUGAUAUCUGUGGGAUAAUAUGCAUCGGCCCCAAUGUGCUCAUGGUACACAAAAGAAGCCACACUGGGGAACGUCCUUUCCAAUGUACUCAAUGUGGAGCAUCCUUUACCCAGAAAGGCAAUCUCCUUCGCCACAUCAAGUUACAUUCUGGUGAAAAGCCGUUUAAGUGUAAUUUGUGUAACUAUGCAUGCAGACGCAGAGACGCGCUCACUGGUCAUCUCAGGACACAUUCUGUGGGUAAACCUCAUAAGUGUGGAUACUGUGGCCGCAGCUAUAAACAACGGAGUUCAUUGGAGGAACAUAAAGAACGUUGCCAUAACUACCUACAGAGCAUGGGACUGCAGAACAAUCUUUACUCAGUAGUAAAAGAAGAAACAAACCCAAAUGAAAUGGCUGAAGACUUAUCCAAGAUGGGCUCUGAGCGGUCUCUUGUACUUGACAGACUUGCAAGUAACGUUGCCAAACGUAAGAGCUGUAUGCCUCAAAAAUUUGUUGGUGAUAAGAGAUUGUCUGAAAUACCUUAUGAUGGAAAUGCUAACUAUGAGAAGGAGAGUGACAUGAUGCAAACACAUGUAAUUGACCAAGCAAUCAAUAAUGCCAUUCAAUUUUUGGGAGCAGAAUCCUUGCGUCCUUUGGUCCAGACUCCACCCGGUGGCCCGGAAGGUGUACCAGCUAUGUAUGCCCUUCACAAGCCUCCUGCAGACAUUUCUUCUCAUAACAAUCAAAAUGCCCAUGAGAGUGCAGUGGAGAACCUACUGCUACUCUCACAGGUGAAAUCCAUAUCUUCUGAAAGGGAAGUCUCCCCAAGCAACAGUUGUCAAGAUUCAACGGACACUGAAAGUAACAAUGAGGAACGGGGUGGGCUUAUUUACCUGACCAAUCACAUGAAUCCUCAUCCCAGAAAUGGGCUGUCUAUGAAAGAGCACAGGCCCUUUGAAAUGCUAAGAGCUUCCAGUGACAAUUCUCAGGAUGCUUUUAAAGUGAUUAGUGGCAGUGGGGAACCAAUUAAAGUUCACAAGUGUGAGCAUUGCCGAGUCCUCUUCCUGGAUCAUGUCAUGUAUACCAUCCACAUGGGCUGCCAUGGCUUCCGUGACCCAUUUGAGUGUAACAUGUGCGGAUACCAAAGCCAGGACAGAUAUGAGUUUUCUUCACACAUAACUAGAGGGGAACACCGCUUCAACAUGAGUUAAAUAUUUUUGGACAAAUCAGGCUCGAUUACCAAUAACUCUGGAGAUUCAAGAAAGCAAGAAAAGCACAAAUACAUUGGACAGCAAAAUACCUGUCUCUGAAUCUUCAUUAUUCUUUCACUUAAGAGGAUCAAAAUUAAAAUACAGGCUACAGUAGCCCUUUGACUUAUUUGUUUGUUUUUGUUUUAUGAGAGCAUGCUUUUUUAUUAGAUUUUUAUUGUUACUAGAUGGUUCCACAUUUUGGAACAUCAUGGUAUUUUGGAAACCUUUUGGAGAGCUUUUGUAUUUAACUUAUUGAAAGCUUUAACCAUUGUUAACUUUUAGCUCUAUGACACAGUACCACUUUAAAUAAAAUUGUAUGGGAAUGAUAAAAGCUAUGAUAGUGCAUUUCAAGCAGUAAUAUUUACACUUGUAUGUAAUAAUGAUGGUCACAGAAGCAUUGGAGUACAACCCCAAUGUUUGAUUUCUUUUUGUAUAUAGUAAUUUGUGUUUAAUGCUAUUUUUAAAUUAAACUUUAACUAAACUUCAGAGCACAACUCAAAAGCAGUUCAAUCUGUUGUAUGCGAUCCAAAAAAGGGUACUGUCUCUUUUUUAUAUUUCUGUUAUAAUAUCUUGGGUGUUAUCAAGUGGUAAUACAACCAGGGUCUGUUGUAAAAUCAGUUUGAGCCCCCUACAUCAUUUAACAUUUAGGGCCCAAUGAUCAAAACUUAUUCAUCUUGGAAGGAAAUUAUAGCGCAGACUUCACAGGGGGCUGAACUCUCUGAAUUCUGUAUAAGAAUCUGUUUGCAGCAUAUACAAAUUAAACUGAAAUGUUUUAACUACAA